CUCGCUCCCUAUUCCGCAACGGCAGCUGAGACAGUCACUUCCGUCUUGUCACUCAUUAAAUCGUUCUGACCUAUUUGUUUGUCGCCAAGCUCAGCAUGAAACCGAGCACAGCCGUCAUUCUUCUUGCUGCGCUUGCAGGGCACUCGGUGGCAGCACCUACCGGGAAUGCCGCGCUGCAAGCUCAGCAGCCAGACACAAACGCUUUGAGGUUAUUAGCUACCCAUAUAUCGACAGGCGAGCUCACUCAAUCAGACCGUGUGCUGCUUAGCCACUUGUUAGUAGCAGCCUCUUCGCUGCAGAAACGAGAAGCGGAUUCGUCGGACGCAGCAGACGGCAUCUUCGGCGCUCUGGGUAGUGGCAUCGGUGGAGGCCUCGGGGCUGGCCUCGGCGGCCUACUUGAUGGAAUUUCUAGUCUCGUCACCCAGCUCUUAACAGGCCUGUUCGGUGGUGGUCUCAAUCAGGGAGCCGCUUUGGGACUUUCUGUAGGCUCAAAUGGCGGCAAUGGGCUCAAUUUGACCGGCACUGUGUCGAGUCUUCCGUUGCAAAACAUUUCCCUUCCCGGAGGCAGCAUCUCCCUCCCUGCCAACAUCACCACUCUUCCUGCAAACAUCUCUCUUCCGGCAAACAUCACCUCUAUUCCUGUCAACAUUACCGGAACAGUGGGCAACCUUGGGGGCGCUCUUGGAAGCUCCGGCUCCGGACUGACCGUGAGCAGCAUUAAUGAUACCGUGAAUGAAAUUUUUAGGAGCCUGCUUGGCGGUCUGGAUGAUUCCGUGCUUACAAGCUUGAUUAGCAUAAUCACAAAUGCAAAGGGCGAUGGGCAGAAGGCUACAAAUGAUAUUAUUAGUUUUGCUUCUUCCAAUGGUUACGACAGCAAUGCUAUCUUCGCAGCCCUGAAUAAUGCUCUGUACCUAGGAAACCUCGAUGUCAGCCUUGGGGGUCUUAUUAAAGGCUCGGGUGGUAUACUUGGACAGCUUGUGAUUGCUCUGAACAGUUUAAACACCGUUGGUGGUCACAGUCAAAUCAACCUACCUGGUGCAAUCGGGCUCAACGGAGUCCUCUCUGCCGGAGCUCAGAAUGGUUUGAACAUAACUCUUGGGAAUCUUCCAGAUGGAACUCUGAAUGGCUUAAACAUAACUCUUGGGAGUCUUCCUGCCGGAGCUCUGAAUGGCUUAAACAUAACUCUAGGGAAUCUCCCUGGCGGAGUUCUCAGCAGUUUGAACACAACUCUUGGAAACCUUCCCAGUGGAAUUGUCAAUACAACGGUUGGAACAGUCACCAAUGGAGCAAAUGGUGGAAUCAGCCUGCCUGGCGGAUUGACCCUCUCAGAAGUCCAACAUCUGAUUGACUUUAUCCGCAGCGCUACUAGCCAACUCGCAGUGACAAAUGAGGUUCAGCGAGUCGCUGCGUUGCACAAACUUGAUCCUGUUGGUCUUGCUCGUUUGUUGCAGAGUCUCUUGAACCUCCCUGACAUUGGAAAUGCUACUUCUAACAACACUGGAAUAGUCACACCUCCAUUGGUAAAUGGAACAACCGGAGGAUUGCCCGUCACUUUGAAUGGAACUGUUGGAGUACCGACUGGGGGUCUUUCUGGCACCAUUAACGGAACUCUAGGUCUCGGUGGUUUGGGCAUCGGUCUUGGCGGCGGCUCCAAUCUGCUUGGUGAUCUUGUCAAUGAUGUUGUUGGGCUUGUUACGUACCUGUUACAUCUUUUGGCCCUUGGAGGUCAGGGUGGCAGUCUCGACGCACUUGGAAAUAUUGGAGGACUUGGUGGACUCGCAUCUGGACUCGUUUCUGGUAACCCUGCGGUCAACUUGACAGGAUCUCUGGGUCCCGUUGUCAGUAAUCUGACCAGCACAGUUGGUUCCAUUGCCGGUGGCUUGCCAGGUGUGGACGUUGGUGCUACUAUUACUGUUGGACCUACUUUAGGGUCUGUGAUUUCGGGUCUGAACUCGACACUCAACGGCGUGCUGCCCGGUGUAGGAUCUGCUGUCGGGUCUGUUGUCUCGGGUCUAAACUCAACAAUCUCCUCCGUCUUGGCGUCAAAUGUGACAUCUGGAUUAGGAACCACUGUCGGGUCUGCCCUGGAUGGUGACUUGGGAUCGGCUACAUCUGACGUAGCGUCUACCGUUGUAUCAACACUCACUGGCGCUGGAGUCCCCGUUGUAGGAUCAGCUCUUUCUGGCACAAGCCCACCUGUGGCUGACUUGGGAUCAACUCUCUCGGGUGUAGUUUCUACUGCCGCUGGGCUUGUCUCUAGUCUAUUGAACGCAACUAGUUCAGGAUCAACCGCCUCUGGUCUAGCUGGUUCUACAGGUGCAGGAGUCGGGACAAUUGGAUCAGACACCAGUCUGAAAACCGACGGGUUUUCCGAUGCAUCUGAUGAGAAAACCACCGCAAUCGUUUUUGACCCCAGCGGCUCUGGCGAGGACAACGGUUCGCCCAUAUCAAACGUCAGACGGUCUCAUGUCGUGCGAUCACGACCCUCGGUCCAUGGUAGAAUUGCCGCCUAAAAUGUGUUUCCAAGGAGGUGGAUGAAUGCAGUGCAGUGGCACACAUGUUGGAAAGUUUAACCAGUCCGUUCAGUUUAAGGGGGCCGAGGGAUAAGACUGGCAUCGACAAGUUGCUUGCGAGGCUAUGAAUAAUUGGAUGAAAUUAAGCAGUAUUUAUAUAGUUAUGUUUUUCGUUUUCGAUGUCGGAAGAGAGCAGCAGACGAAGCGUCUGGUUAGGAACAGGAUAGUUACUUCUUUUUACCCACAGCUAUAACACAUAUUUUAUUACAAAGGUUUAGAAUCUUCCUAGGCCAUUGCCUCCAUCACUCCCAUUUUAAUGGCAUUUAUUGGUUUCUGUAAUGGCAUAAAAUCUAGCUUGCUAUAGGAAUAUGGCCUCGAAGGGACCCUGUGGCCAAGAGCGUAGUAAAAUACAUCUAGAGGUCACUUUUAAGGAUAGGACUCCACGCCUUUCAUCCUUCCAAAGUACU